AGCAACUGUUUUUGUCCAAGUGAGAACUCACUAACUGCUCAGCUGAUCAGCUAUGUGACAGUGACUGUGAACAGGACAGUUCUCUUUUUCACACUGAAGAAAGGGGCAAUCACCACCAGAAGAUGCAGUUUUCUAACAGCUUCCCUCGUGCUUUCAGGCACGGGCCUUGCCGGAGGAUAAAAGCAGCGCUGCACUAUCUCUGGGACGCGUACUCGAAGCCUGCGCCGGACACCUUCAGGGAAGGCCUGACCCUCCUGGGCCUGUGUACUAUUGUCGCCGCGGUUACAGGCGGCCUGCUCUUCCGCUGGAUGUCACAAAUCCUGCUGUACGACCAGCUACCGUCCACCACCGCUGCCGUCCUCUACUCCGUGGCAGCGCUCUUCCUCCUGCCCCUGGUACACCCGCUCCGCUGCGCUCUCACCCUGGUCCUGCCCUCGCUGGGAACCAAGCAGGGCCGCAAGCUGAUCGUCUCCACCGCCGCCAUGCUCCUGGUGUUCAACGUCGUCCCCAACAUCGGCACCAACGUGAUCACGGUCGCGCACGGGCUGAAGUGCACCGCCGGCGGCCUGGCUCAAAGUCUCAUUCACUCUUCGGAGCUUGUCAACACAGCCAAAGGCGACCUGGUCAAGGAGGCCAGGCUGGCCAGUUCCAAACUCGUGGACAGCUUUAAGGGGUUUGAUCACGACACCAACAUCAAUGUGUCUGAAGUCAAGCAGAGGUUUGUUGACGUGAGUCAGCAAAUAGAAAGGGACUUUUCUCACGCCAAAAGCGUCACUGAGGAUAUCAAACUCGUGGCAAACAGGCUUCUUGCUGCAUUUUUUGUCAUUUACCUAUUUGCUGAAUCAGCCUGGUACUUAAAUGCAUACCUAACCAAUGUAAAGUUUGACAAUCUAUACAUUACUGGGCAACUGGUGCAUAUGGCGCGUGAACAUGGAAUUCAAAUACUUCCCGGUGAUAUGAAAAACAUGGUAUAUUCAACGGGUUAUAAAAUUUCGAAACAAGAAUUUUUGAAAUGCCUAUUGCGGCUGGCAGGGGUGUCACUGCACUUUUUUGUCACAGUUUUUAUUGUUGGUAUGGAUCAUGCCGUUUUUUAUCUAGUUAAAACAGCUGAACCCUUGCUUUUGGAUCUACCAUCCACAUCCAUCUCCAUCACUGUACAUUACAAGGUGCAGACCCAUAGCCCCAUCACUGAUUUCUUUUGCAAUGCCUGCAGCAGGACAGACAUGGUAAACUUUAAGCGGGAAUAUCCCUGGAACUUCGGCUUGGUGCCAGACGGCUGCGCUCUGCAGCUGUCUGAGCCUGAUGAAGGGGUGACUGCCAUGCUGGGGCUGCUCUACCUGCUGGCGUACUCUAUGGUGCUGCUGGAGGUCUAUGCCAGGAGGGCCCGCAGGAAGGUCUCCGCCUCCUUCUUCCCCGGGCAGGAGAGGAAAAGGACAGACUUUAUUUUUAAGAAGAUACUGGCCAGACAGGAGAAACUGAAGGGUGGCAUUUCGUUCAUACAGACUGUGCACAAGAGUGGAUUUUGCAAACCCGAAACUUCAGGUACGGGUUACAUGUGAAAUCCAAGGAUGCAGGGGGAAUGAGCUGGCCAAAACACAGCAAAAUAUAUCUUGUGACGGAAUACAGACUACCUCCCACAAAUGUAUCUGCAAACUAUAAUCAACGUUUUGGAGGAAUAGGUUGCUUUGCAAUCAUAUAUGAAAUACAUCCAAGUAAAAUAUAUGGGCGGCCUGUAGCGUAGUGGUUAAGAUAAAUGACUGGGACACGCAAGGUCGGUGGUUCUAAGGUUGAUGGUUCUAAUCCCGGUGUAGGCACAAUAAGAUCCGCACAGCCAUUGGGCCCUUGAGCAAGGCCCUUAACCCUGUAUUGCUCCAGGGGAGGAUUGUCUAAUCAACUGUAUAUCGCUCUGGAUAAGAGCGUCUGCCAAAUGGCAAUAAUGUAAUGUAAUAUAUAUAUAUAUAUAUAUA